UUGAUUAUUACAAACAACACGAAUUAACCCACCCAAAGGCAAAUUGAUAAGCAAGCAGAAGCUGUCGCUCGGAGCGGAGAGCGUUUGUUUUGUUGUCGCCAGGCAGUGCUACAUUACGGAAGUAUUUUUCGCCCUCGCAUCUUGCGCAUUGAAAACUUGAUCAGAACCAAAUUUGCUGACAUAAACUCUUAGCAGCUGCAGCUAUAUGCACAUGUUUACAGAUUCAGACAAUUAUAUAUUUAAUUAGCAGCUCUGUGAUUUAGGGUUUUUCACAACACACCUCAAUUCCAUCGUGCCAUUCUUUUUGAAUCUCAGCGAGAGCAGCGCACGCACAACAACAGCUAAUACGUAAUACGUAAUCGGCGGCGACUGCGGCGGCGUGGUCGCAACAAUUGUGGGUGCUGCGCACAGAAAGAACGAGAAAACACACGAGAGCUUUGAGCAAUUAUGGUUUCAUAUUUUGUGCCGCGCGGCCGCUUUUUGCUGAAGGCGGGCAACAUCAGGAAGGCAAUACAAGAGCAGCAGCAGCAGCAGCCGAAGCAUGUGCAACAGAAUGGAAAUUGGCCGGUGCUUCGGCACUUUCGACAAUUGCCAUCGAAUGCCGCCUCCAAUGAGUCAACGGCGGCCAAGCCAAAACCGGAACGCAUCAGACAACAGACGCAGCUACAGUUGCGCCGCAAUGUGCUCUCACGCUGGACCGGCUUUCUAUUGCGCUGGGCACCCAUGGGCCUGUGCGUCUUUGGUGCCAUCGAAUGGCAGUUGCACAAGUUACGCUGCGGACGGGAUGGCACACAACGGACCGCUUCCGAGUUCCAGUCGAGGGUCUAUUGCUCGCUGCCGUUGCGCAUAAUGAGCCGCUGUUGGGGCUGGCUGGCCGCGUGUUACAUGCCCAAUCCCCUGCGUCCCUACAUCUAUGGCUGGUAUUCGAGUAUUUUUAAGGUAAACAUCGACGAGGCUCUGUAUCCGGACUACAAUCACUACACAAGCCUGGCCGAAUUCUUUACACGCCCGUUGAAGGAGGGCGUGCGGAUCAUUGACGCCAAUUCGCCUCUGGUCUCGCCAGCCGAUGGCAAGGUGCUGCAUUUUGGCAGCGCCUCCGACUCGCUGAUCGAACAGGUGAAGGGCGUCAAUUAUAGUAUCGAGGAUUUCUUGGGACCGCUGCAGACGGUCGAGCAAUCGAAUGAGCCAUUGAGCUAUGCCGAGGCGUUGAAAAGGAAGCGCGACGGUUCCACAGAGCUGUAUCAAUGCGUCAUCUAUCUGGCGCCGGGUGAUUAUCAUCGUUUUCAUUCGCCCGCCGCUUGGGAGCCGACAGUUAGACGUCAUUUUUCCGGCGAACUGCUAUCGGUUAGCCCCAAGGUGGCCAGCUGGCUGCCCGGCCUAUUCUGUCUGAACGAGCGUGUGCUCUACAUGGGCAAGUGGAAGCACGGUUUCUUUAGCUAUACAGCGGUGGGUGCCACCAAUGUUGGCUCUGUAGAGAUUUACAUGGACGCGGAGCUGAAAACUAAUCGCUGGACGGGCUUCAAUGUGGGCGCCCAUCCGCCGAGCACCUACGAAUACGAUGAGCUACUCUUAAAUGUCAAACAGCCCGAUCAGCCGGGCCAAAAGUUCUCCAAGGGUGACCUCAUCGGACAGUUCAAUAUGGGCAGCACCAUUGUGCUGCUCUUCGAAGCGCCAAAGAACUUUAAGUUCGAUAUUGUGGCAGGUCAAAAGAUAAGCGUCGGCGAAUCCCUGGGACACAUCGCGGACCGCAACUAACUAAAAAAUUCUCUAAAGAGGCCAUAAUUAUAUAUGUAUGUGUUGUGCACUUGCCUAAAAAGUCUGUCUAUUAACACACAUGCACAAACAUAUAAAAUAGCAAAACGUUUUUAUUUAAAUAUGAACUAUGUUCUAACUAUUUUGUAUAAGCAUUAAGAGCAUUAUUAAGCAUUAUGUACCUAUUUGUAUUUAGUUGCCAAUGAUUUAGCUGCGCUCCCUCAUAGCUAGUUGUAUUUACGAUUUCAUUAGUAAUAAGAGACAUGUUUGUAAAGCUAUUUUCACUAAUAAAGUUCGCAUUAAAGAAAUCCGGAA